CGAGAGGGCAAAGGCGGCAGGAGCUAUCAAUGAUCUGGAUCGAAAGAGUGAGUGUUUGAGGGACAGACACCGUGAUGAGAUCCAGGGAAGGAGCUGGUGCUGGGAGAAUAAAGCGACAGUGGACGCUGCCACCACCGUCCAGAAAGGGCAAUGACCGGUGUUGCGGCUGCCGGACGGCAACUUUCGUCCUGUCCUUGCCCCUGUAUCUCCCGCUCCCACUGGCCUUCUCCUUUUGCCACAAGCUCUCAUCCGCUAAUCCUCUUCCUUCCUUCUCUACCGCUUCCAUCACCUCUCCCCUUCUCAGCCACCGCCGGCACGAACAAGGGCCACGUGGGUACCGACCAUGCUCACCUUGCCAAGCUGGACAGGGAGAACGAGGUAGCUCCACCUCCCAAGGUGGCGCCUACUGUCGGCAAGGCCAUUUCUCAAGCACGUCAGGACAAGGGAUUGAAUCAGAAGGACUUGGGAACAAAGAUUAAUGAGAAGCCGCAGGUGAUUGCCGAGUACGAGUCGGGCAAGGCCAUUCCGAACCCACAAAUUCUCAGCAAGAUGGAGAGGGCGCUGGGCCUCAAGCUGAGAGGCAAGGACAUCGGACAGCCCCUCAGUGGGCCCUCGAAGAAGAAGUAGAGAUUGUGA